AGGAUAGAGGAGUGCCGCCACACAGGUGGGACCUAAGGCUCUCCUGGCCAGAAGAAUUCCUACUUCCCGGCACCAUUUGAAGGGACACCAGCGAUCCUGUGGCCUUGUGUGAGGACGUCACGCCGUUACACAGCAUGGAGUUGCUACAGGAACCCCUGACAUUUCACGAUGUGGCCGUGGACUUCACCUGGGAGGAGUGGCAGCUCCUGGACCCUGAGCAGAAGGACCUGUACAUGGACGUGAUGUUGGAGACCUACAGCCACCUGGUGUCCGUGGGUUGUGAGGCCAGCAAACCUGACAUACUUUCCAGGUUAGAUCACGGAGAAGCACCAUGGACAGUGGCAGGUGAACUCCUCUGUGGGGCCCGUUCAGAAAUUUGGAAACGUGAUGAUCAUCUGCCAAAACACUUACAAAAUGAAAGCCUAGAACAAUGGCAUAAAUGUAACACAUGUGAAAAUACUGUCCAUCAGAGCAUAAACCAUGCUCUGUUACCACAAAACCAUUUGUUUAAUGUACUUAAAAAAAGUAUAAAAUCAGAUUUAUCUUUACUCAACCAGAGAAGAAACUAUGAAAUCACCUUGCCUAUUGAGCUUACUGAAGUUGGAAAAUCCUUUCUCCAAGCCAACAGUGAAAAAUUUCAGGCUGAAGUGAAAUUUCAGGAAAGCCAAAAACUCAACAGCACUAAGUCGCAACCCAUCAAACCUCUGAAAAGAGAGAAGGCUCACGUAAUGGGUGACGGUGGGAAAGCCUUCAAAAAGAGGAUUUGUCUCACUGAUCAUCACAUCAUUCAUACAGGUGAGAAGCCACGUCAGUGUAGUGAAUAUGGGAAAGCGUUCACAAUCUUCAUGCUCACUGAACAGCAGAGAACACACGCAAGAGAGAAACCCUUCUUCAUAUGCAGUAACUGUGGAAAAGGCUUCCUCCAGAAUCGCGACCUCAUUGUACACAGGCGAAUUCACAGAGGGCCAAAGCCGUGUAUAUGCGACGAAUGUGGAAAAGGCUUCGUGAAUAAGAGCAAUCUCACUGUACACAGGCGAAUUCACACGGGGGAGAAGCCUUAUGUAUGCCACGAAUGUGGAAAAGGCUUCAUCCAGAAGGGCGAUCUCAUAGCACAUCAGAGGUUUCACACAGGAAAGACGCCCUUUGUGUGCAAUGAGUGUGGGAAAUUCUUUGCCCGGUCCUUUGGUCUCAUUAAACAUCAAAGAAUUCACACUGGAGAGAGACCCUAUUCCUGCAGCACGUGUGGGCAAGCUUUUGCCUACAUGCCGACCCUUGUGAGACAUGAGAAAAGACACCUAAGAAGAAAACAUGAUAGUUCAGUCAAGGCGACAUGUCCUGGCUCAGAGAGUCCCAGCUCAUCACAGACCAGUGUUGUCCUUCAGGAGAUAAACCUUAUUAAUACAGUGACUAUGCAGGUGCCUACUGUGGUCCCUCAGACAGUAUUAAACAUGAGUGGGCCUCUAGCAAACAGGAAUGUAGUCAUCGUGGCCCAGCCUGCGGCCAGAGGUGCGCCCUCAGGAGGACUUGCACACGACAGCAACCUUCUGAAUGCAGUGAGUGUGGUCUCACCAUCAGUGAUCAAUUACGUGUUACUUUAUGUCACAGGAAACCAAUAGGAGACUUUCUGUGUGCAAAGAUUUGAUCAAAAAAUUCCAGUUCAGAUUAUUGUUGAAAAGUAUAUCCUGAGAGAAAUCGUAUAAAUGCUGAAACUGGGAAGUUGUGAGAGUCUCCUGCUGUUAAAUAUAUGAAUUGAUACUCAUGCUGAGGCCACAAUUUCCCUUCUCAAAUCUCACUCCAUCCUUGUAUCCUGAAGGAGUGGUCACCAUGCCUUCUCUAUAGGGCAGCUGAUCCAAUCUCUUCCACGCCAAGUCUGGUCAAGUGAUGUGCAGAAAACACAAAGGUCCCUCUAUUGGCUGUCUUGUCCAGAUGAUGGUCUGCAGCUCCCAGAUCUGCUCACUCAUGGGAAGCAGCUUAAGCUGAGCCCCCGAUAUGAAAGAAGAGUUGGCUGUCACUUAGGAGGGAGUCGAGGGUGGGUGAGUCAUAGUUGCCACUGUCAGCAUCUCAGGAUCCAGGCUGGCGCUAGCACUGCCUCAGGCCUGAGGAUGCCCCUCUGCCAAUAUGUUGCUCUCCUGGUUGCUCCCACCUCCUUGGAGCCUCUAGCCUUGGUUGCCCUCACACCCCCUGAUCUUCCAUUGGUUCCCAUUGGCGACUAAAUUUU